AUCAUUUUCUUCUUCUCUUUGAAUUUUCCGUUUCUUCAUAUUCGCCAAAACCACCACCACUUUCUCAUCUUCCUUUUCCUCUCUCAGUCGCGCGCUUUGUUUGAAACAAGCGUUUAUUUAUAUAUCUCAACAUGACACGAAACUGCAACUUGGAACUUCGCCUUCUUCCUUCUGAUGACAGCCAUGACAUGAUGGAAGACAGCAGCAAUAGCCCAGAAAACCAUCAGCAACAGCUAACAAUUUUUCACAAUGGAAGAGUUCGCGUUUUUUAUGUUACAGAGCUUCAUGCAAGAGCCAUUAUAAUGCUAGCAAACCGGGAAAGGGAUGAACCAAUAAAAACUCCGUCGUCGCCCACGUUAAAAUCUCCGGUAAAUAGCCCAAGCACGGCGCUUGCCAUGAAGAGAUCACUUCAAAGGUUCCUCCAAAAACGGAAGAUGCGAAUCCAAGCUACCUCUCCUUACCAUUAUUAUAAAUAGAUCAUCAACAAUGCUUCCAAUUUAGAGGGAUUUUAGGAACUGAACUAUCCUUCUGGCUAGCAAUUAUUGCCCAUUUUUUGUUUUGUUAUGUUUUUUUUUUUAAUUUAUGUAUGAAUUACGAUAAUUUUAUGUUUA